AUGCUUGCUUGCCUGUUUGCCUUGCCGUCUUGCCUGCUUGUCUGCGUGUUGGACUUGGGUGUGCGUAUAUACUAUACGUGUAUAGAAAGGACCAACCUUGCAACCCCAGCCAUCUGCCCGCCAGCCUGCCAGCCCAAGCAACAGACCGACCGACCAAACCCAAAACCAAAACUAAAAACAACAAAAAUCUCCGGGCGCCCCUAUCCCUGUGCCUGCACCUAUGCCUGCGCCUGUACCUGUGGCUGCGGGCGAUUACCUGCGUGCGUGCUUGCUUACAACCCACCCACCCACCAACCCUACAUCGACGCGCUGCACGCGCGCGCGCGUGACGCCAGGCGCCGCCAUGCACAGCGCUGUGCUGCGGUGCGAGAAGUGGCGGCACACAGAGACGGACAGUCAGGCAUGCACGCAGAAAGGCAGGGACACGUGCGGAGAGGCAGCGCUGCGGGGUGGAUUAUGGUGAUGAGGCCUGCGCUGCCUAGCUGCACCGCGUAG